UCCGUGUUUACCGCGGUGCGGAACGGGAAGGGGAGACGGGACCGGCACCGGGAUCGCCCCGCGAGCGGCUCCGCGCCCCGGCACAGCCCCGCAGCGCGCCCGGCACCGCUCCGGCCCGGCCAUGGCGCAGCGCGCCCGGGCGCGCCCCGGCUGAACGCCCCGUCCGUCCGUCCGUCCCGUCCCGACCCGACCCGUCCCUUCCGUCCCGUCCGUGCCGUCCCGCCCCGCGGACCUUGGCCGGGGAUGCUGGCGGGAUGUCGGGCGCCGGGGCGGCCGUGCUGGCCUGGGCGCUGCUGGCCGGGGCGCUGCUGCCCCCGCCGCCCGUCCGGCCCCAGCCCCUGCCCCACGGGGACAGCGAAGUGCACGAGAAGGAAGCGCAGUUCAACACCACCUACAGCGACUGGGUGCACGCCAACCUGCUCAACAUCUACGCCUUCAACCACAGCGUCCGCAGGAACAGGACCGAGGGCGUGCGGGUGUCGGUCCAUGUCCUCUCGGACCAGAAGGACCAGCCCGUCCUCUUCGUGGUGAGGCAGAAGGAGGCGGUGGUCUCCUUCCAGGUGCCGCUCAUCCUCCGGGGCCUGUACCAGCGGAAAUACGCGUACCAGGAGGUGAGCCGCACGCUCUGCCAGCCACAGACCAAGGCUGAGGUGGAGACCCAGCACUUCUACGUGGAUGUGUCCACUCUUUCCCUCAACACCUCCUACCAGCUGCGGGUCACCCGCGUGGAGAACUUUGUGCUGCGGACCAAUGAAAGGUUCAGCUUCAAUGCCACGGCUGCCCAGCCGCAGUACUUCAAGUACGAGUUCCCCGAGGAAGUGGAUUCAGUGAUCGUGAAGGUGACCUCAGCCAUGGCCUUCCCCUGCUCCGUCAUCUCCAUCCAGGACAUCCUGUGCCCCGUCUACGACCUGGACAACAACGUGGCCUUCAUCGGGAUGUACCAGACCAUGACGAAGAAGGCGGCCAUCACGGUGCAGAAGAAGGAUUUCCCCAGCCAUAGCUUCUACGUGGUGGUGGUGGUGAAGACGGAGGACGAGGCGUGCGGGGGGGCUCUGCCCUACUACCCCCUCUCCAAGAACGCCUCUCCAGAUGAGCCCGUGGAUCAGCACAACCGGCAGAAGACCCUGGAGGUGAUGGUGUCACCCGCCAUCACCUCCGAGGCCUACGUGCGCAGUGUGCUCUUCUGCCUCGGCAUCUUCCUCUCCUUCUACAUCCUCACGCUGCUCAUCGCCUGCUGGGAGAGCUGCCGGCAGCACAAGAGGAAGGGGCUCCUGGCCGCCAUGGAUUCGCCCAGCCUGGACACAGCGUCACUCCUGGGUCACUCCCGCAGCAUCCCCGACUCCUUCCUGAACCAUGGCCCCUACGACAGCUACGGUUACGGCUCCUUCGGGAACGGCUCCUCCAGCAGCACCGAGGGCAUCACAGACAGCCUGGGCUCAGCAGAAGUCUCCUACAGUUACGUGGGGGAGCGGUCACUGGAGAACGUGGCCAGCCGGCCGCGCCUGGACUCGCUCAGCUCCGUGGAGGAGGAUGACUACGACACGCUGGCCGACAUUGACUAUGACAAGAACGUCAUCCGCACCAAGCAAUACCUGUGCGUGGCCGACCUGGCGCGCAAGGACAAGCGGGUGCUGCGGAAGAAGUACCAGAUUUAUUUCUGGAACAUCGCCACCAUCGCUGUCUUCUACGCCCUCCCCGUCAUCCAGCUCGUCAUCACCUACCAGACAGUGGUGAAUGUCACUGGCAACCAGGACAUCUGCUACUACAACUUCUUGUGCGCCCACCCGCUGGGGAACCUCAGCGCCUUCAACAACAUCCUCAGCAACCUGGGCUACGUGCUGCUGGGUCUGCUCUUCCUGCUGAUCAUCCUGCAGCGCGAGAUCAACUACAACCGCGCGCUGCUGCGCAACGACGCCCACGCCCUGGAGUGUGGCAUCCCCAAGCACUUUGGGCUCUUCUACGCCAUGGGCACCGCCCUCAUGAUGGAGGGGCUGCUCAGCGCCUGCUACCACGUCUGCCCCAACUACACCAACUUCCAGUUUGACACCUCCUUCAUGUACAUGAUCGCGGGGCUCUGCAUGCUGAAGCUCUACCAGAAGCGUCACCCGGACAUCAACGCCAGCGCCUACAGCGCCUACGCCUGCCUGGCCCUUGUCAUCUUCUUCUCCGUGGUGGGCGUGGUCUUUGGGAAGGGGAACACGGCCUUCUGGAUCGUCUUCUCCGUCAUCCACAUCGUGGCCACGCUGCUGCUGAGCACCCAGCUGUACUACAUGGGCCGCUGGAAGCUGGGUGAGGGGGGCACCAGGAGCGAGGUGGGAGGGGACAGUGGGUGGCCCCCCCGUGUCACGUCCCCUCUCCCCACAGACUCGGGCAUCCUGCGCAGGAUCCUGCACGUGCUGUACACGGACUGCGUGCGGCAGUGCAGCGGGCCCAUGUACGUGGACCGAAUGGUGCUCCUGGUCAUGGGGAACAUCAUCAACUGGUCGCUCGCUGCCUACGGCCUCAUUGUCCGCCCCAAUGAUUUUGCUUCCUACCUGCUGGCCAUCGGCAUCUGCAACCUCCUCCUUUACUUCGCCUUCUACAUUAUCAUGAAGCUCCGCAGUGGCGAGCGCAUCAAGCUCAUCCCCCUGCUCUGCAUCAUCAGCACCUCCGUGGUCUGGGGCUUCGCCCUCUUCUUCUUCUUCCAGGGGCUCAGCACCUGGCAGAAAACACCAGCUGAAUCCCGGGAGCACAACCGUGACUGCAUCCUACUCGACUUCUUUGACGACCACGACAUCUGGCAUUUCCUCUCCUCCAUCGCCAUGUUCGGCUCCUUCCUGGUGCUGCUGACGCUGGACGAUGACCUGGACUGUGUCCAGCGGGACAAGAUCUACGUCUUCUAGGAGCCUGCAGCCACGCGCUGCCCUGGGACCGUGCCAAACGCCCGGCUGCAGCCCCGGGAGGGGCACCCACCCCUGGGGAGGGAUGUCUGCGCUGCAGGUCCUGCCAGCCACUCUGUCCCCCUCCCCACACAGCCCUGGGGUCCUGGUUUGCCUCCUCCCCGUCAGCCGGGUCCCUCCAGGCACUUCGUGCCCAUCCCUGGGCCCGUCACAGCCAAAAAUGGGACUGGGGGGCCACCAGAGCAUCCGUCCUCUGUGGCAAGUGACACUGGAAAAGUGCUGCUGCUGCUGCUGCUGCUGCUCCGUGUCCGUGUGCCCGUGGGCACAGGGGGGGACUGGGGCGAGCUCUGUGCCAGCAGCCCCGUGGCCCCCCGAGCACAUGGGUGUGGGUCUCUCUUCAGUGCCUGAGUUGAGUGGGUGGGAUGGGGGGUGCGUGGGGCCAGCACGGUGGUGGCAGUGGCCCGAGAGGCCCCACUCGUGUCUCCUCCAGGAGGGGUGGCCGCUGUGGGCCCCUGUCACUCCCCACCAAGGUGCCAUGCUCCCCGCAGGGAUCUGCUGGGAAGGGACUCGCAUUAAAGUGU